CUAGGGUUCGAUACAUCCAUUGCUUUCAUUUCAUUCUUCUUCUCCGCCGCACCCUACUAGACCACAGUCCUCUCUCUCCAUCUCUGCCUCUCAACCGCACAGCCCGCACCCCACAGUCAGAGGCUUCGCCGCCACCGCUACCCACAACCUCCCUCUCCGUCUCUGCCUCUCAGCCGCACGGCCCGCACCCCACACCCAUCACCGCCGCCGCUACCCACAGCCAGAGGCUUCGCCGCUACCCACGUUAGUUUUUUUUUAAAAUUAUAUAAUUUUACUUCUGGGUUUACUGAACCAGUGAAGCCGCAAGAAGAAGCAAUUCUUUAGUUUCCUAAUCCCUGAUGAACCACUUUUUUUGGAAACAUUCACCAUGUUAACUGGUGUUCGUUAACUGCCACACUAGAAUUUACCAAAAUAUGCUGCCAUUGGUGUUGAUCCUUGGUGUGUCAGUAGACACUGCACAGAAAUGGGAGCGUGCUUUUAGUAAGAAAGAGCAAAAGUUGAUUCAGACACCCAGAAACUUGGUGGAUGAAGUUUGGAUUAGCCGCCCACCACUUGAACUGAAUCCUAUUGUUGUGCAUUCUCCACAAUUUUCUGGUCGUUCUGUUGCAGACAAGUUAAAAGAUUUGAGAGAGAACCUUGUGCAGGAAAAAGCUCGUGGUAUAUUGAUAACAACUCUUGAUGAGUGGUAACAUUAAGCUCAGCUUUCUUGUAUGUGGACCAGAGGAAGUUAUCGUCUGAGGUGACGAAGGAGAAUGUGAUGGAAGCAAUCGAAUGACACAUUCUUGGGGAGGCAGUUUUGAUGGCCAAUUUCUGAACGAAUGAUUUAGAAAUGUGUACAAUCAGGAAAUGUAAAACUAGAAAGAAAAUGUGACCUUUCAAUAACGUUUUUUUUUUGACUUUGCAUAUAGCUUAAAUUUAAGGUAAAUAUGGUUGUUUUCUUGCCUAGUCUUUAAUUAUUAGUUCACAAAACCAACAAAUAUCUAAACAGAAUAUCUCCUCUCUAGAAAUUGAAAUUGCAUAUUUCUUUUGUCUUAUCCAGUUCAAAAUAUGUUUUACAAACAAAUGGAAUCAAUACAUCUCUUCUAAACUCCAAGGGCAUUGAGCGAGCGAAGUCUUGACAUUCUUUCUUUCUUUUUCUUCUUUUAAUUCACUAAAGAUCUGAAACUAACCAUGAAAAUGUGUAGAUGCAGAUUAUGUGCUUCUGUUUGAGCAAAUUAUGUUGAUAAAAUGCUGAAUUUGGAUUCAUACAUGUGUAGAAAUGGCGAAAAGCAAGCUGAAAAUAGUAUUAUCCCCUUCCAAGAGUUCAGAACCUGCUAUCAAUAUUGAACAACCAAUAUAGUGUUUGCUUAUUCUUCAUGUUAUCACAUAGCCUUGUGGGAGGGAGGAAGGGAGCAGGCUUUCUUACAGUCACUGAUAUUCUCUCUUAUAGCCACUUGACUGCAUAUGUUUCUUAUGGACUUGUCUUUUAAAUAAUAGGUAUGUACAGUCCUCCAUUUCAUUCACACCAAGGAUCGUCAAUAAGUCCUAUUAUGGAGGUUGGAAAUGAAGCUGUAGAUCAAGAACUUGAGGUGGAGUCUAAUAUUGAUGAGAUGAGCGAAGAAGAGCUGAACUUAGAUAACCUAUAGCAGCCAAAUGAAGGAGCAGAAACAGGGGAAAAAAGUAUACAAGAAGGAGCAAAUCCGUUUGAAAAAAAUGAACGGAAAAAGAAGUCAACAAUAUGAGAGGAUAUGACAGUAGUAAAACAGCCUGAUGGAACAUCGAAAGUGCAGUACAAUCACUACAAAGAACUAUUUGCCAAAAGCCCAUCUGGAGCUACCUCUCAACACAAGCAUCAUCUCAAAAAUUGCCUACAAAUGAGGCUGGUUGUUGGGGAGGAAAAUCGAAAGAGGCAGCAAGUGUUAUCCUUUACCGAAGGACCCUCGGAUGCUUUAUAAACAGUGGUUACUUGAAAGGACUGCGAGUAGGAGGAGGUACCGCACGAAACUUUUGCACAGCAACCCUUUCAGCACUCCCCGCCGUUUCUUCCCUCCAAACUCCAAAUUCCACGAGCAUUUACAUCCAACAAAGAAGAAGCACAAAAUAUUAAAAAAAAAGAAAAGGAGAAAAAGGAAAAGGAAUGGGGUUCUUCGACCUGAACAUUCCAUACCACGAGUCCGACCGCCAUGUGACCAAAACAACCACCUACAAAUCAAACCGCCUCAAGCUCGUCAUCAAAGCCGCCGAGCUAGGCUACACCGGAGUUGCUUACAACCGUGUAAUUAAAGGCGUUAUGUCCGAAUCGGACCGUUGCUCCACCUCAUUAUUCCCCCUCUCUUCUCUCCUCAAACACGCCCCUUCUUUUUCUAGCUCCGUUAAGUUCCACCGUGACCUCUUAAACGUCCCCGUUUCCACCCCUUUCCGUCAGUACUCCCGAUUAACUGUCGUUAUUGAUUGCCCGGCUCAAGCUGCCGCUCUUAAUUCGGGUAAUCCUGUUAUUAAAAGCUACGAUAUAGUCGCUGUAAGGCCCAUAAAUCAGAAUGCUUUCGAGCAGGCUUGCCAAACCUCUGAGGUUGAUAUCAUUGCUAUUGAUUUUUCAGAGAAGUUGCCAUUUCGGCUCAAGCAAUCGAUGGUGAAAGCUGCCGUUAAGCGUGGGGUGUAUUUUGAGAUCAGUUAUUCGAGUCUCAUUGUAGAUGCUCAAGUGAGGAGGCAAACAAUAUCUAAUUGCAAGCUACUGGUGGAUUGGACUCGAGGGAAGAAUCUUAUCAUCUCAAGUGCUGCUGCUUCUGUGUCUGAACUUAGGGGGCCUUAUGAUGUUGCAAAUUUGUUUUCACUGAUUGGGCUGCCAUUUGAACAUGCUAAGGCUGCUGUUUCCAAGAAUUGUAGAUCUGUCAUAGUCAAUGCAUUGAGGAAAAAGCAUUACUAUAAGGACGCAAUAAAAGUAGAAGUAAUGCCUUCUAGUGGAAAAGUUAAUCCCGAGGAAAGUGUAUUUAGUGACUGGCUUAGGUGGGAUCCCAUUUCGAGUGGCGAAGGUGACUUGCUAUUAGAUGACAUUGAGAAGUCUUUCUCAGCUUCUGGUAGUGUACAUAAUACUGUGAAAACUGUUGGAUUUGCCUCAGCUUUAAAUAGCCUCCCUUCUCAUGGUUUGCAGAUUAAGGAGAUUUUAUCCGCUGUAGAGUCUGCAUCUGAGGCACUGGAUAUUGGUAAAAACCUGUCUGGUGCUGAUGAGUCUAAGUUAACUGUUUCAGUAUCUGGGAUAUCUGAAGAGUUGUCAAGGACUAAUCUUCUGCCUGAAGAAAUUCAGACUUCUGAGAAUGAUAGGCAUCAGAGCCCCAGACAUCAAGAUUCUGAAAUGCGAACUCUGCCUAAUGGAUCUGUAAAUAAUUCUCCUCUAGCGGAAAAAGAGAUUAACCAUGUGGUUGCCACAAUGGAAUUGAAAACUGCAAAGGACUUGGAUGCAGACUUACCUGCUUCUGAUAGAGAAUUGCAUAAUUUGCAUUCACAAAGUUGCCUAGAUAGUUAUGAACAGGUCCCUCUAGCAGAUCAUAUGACAAACCGCUAUAGUGCAGAUGAUGCUGACACAGCUCAUACCUGUCAUGAUAUUGCCAAUGCGGAAAUUCUUUUUCAUUCAAAAGAUGUUUUAUCCACUUUCCAUGGUGAAGAAGCUAAGAUGCCUAUCAGUUCCACCAAAGGUUUGUAUGCAGAAAGUGGAUCAGUUGUGGACAAGAUUGAGAUGGAUCGGGAAAACAAGAAAAUACCAGCUUUUGCAGUGUCUGAUACACAUUCAAAUGAAGAGUUUAGGGAAAAUAAACAAUUUCAGGAAAAGUUAGAGAAUUUAGCUGCCUUUGCUAUUGAAAUUCCUAAUGAGGAGUCUCAUGAUCCGGCAAAAAAGGCAAAUGGGUCUCUGGUUUCAGAAGUCGAACCCAUUGAAGAAGACAUGGCUUCUGAACUGAUGCAGGAAGACGAAAAGGAAGAACGAAGGAAAUUGAAGGGUGAAGUUGCAAUGCAUUGCCCAUUUCUUAGCAAAUCUGUGUCAGGAAGAGGCAGAGGAAAACGAAGGUCAGUUCACCAGAAGAUUCCUUUUAAUCUCAAACAUAUCUUGAAUUCAAGGCCUUUCAAGAGGAAGGCUCGCAAGUUAAAUACAACCUAAGUAGGAGUUUUUGAUCUUGUUUAAUGAAUGUUUAUUGUGGCUGCAAUUGUCAUGGUUGGAGGUAAAAUUAUCUCUAUACUCAUUUCCCUGAAGGAUAGCAACAUUGAUACUUCAUAUUCAUUAGCUGAAAAAUGCAAGGAUGGACUGUCGAUAUUGCCGCUUUCCGUAAUUAUUUUGUGCAUGUAAGUUUUGUUUAUUUGUUAGAAUCAACUGACUUGAUUAAUUGUUUAAAAUAUUCUUAUCCAAUUCAAGCUUUUAUAAAUGUGCAGUGAGAAAUUUGAAAAAUUGAUUCAGCUGAAAAUUUUUUUUCCUUGAGUUCACGUUAAAGUUCUUUAAAGGCAAGAGCUAUUGAAGUCCUGAGUAGAUUUUGGUGGAAAAUUAAAUGGUGUUAUACUGCACUUGACCUAUAGUUUGGUUGGCAAAUGCAGCCCAAUCUUGUGAUUAAAAAACUAUUUACUGUUUACACUAGUAUAUCGCAAUAAACAUAUCAUUGAGCGAAUAUUCUAACAAAAGUUACGUCUGAGUCUUUCUUCAUAAAUGUCUGACAUUUCUGUGAGACCCCUUGAUUUUUAUCUUUAAUUUCUAAAACGACAUUGUGGGAGCCAUUAUGGUGGUUGCUCUGCUCUUGUUGUUAUGCUUGUUCUUUUUAAUCAUAAAGUUGGGUUGAUUGCAUAAAUACAGAGGGUUUCGGGAAGCAGGGGAAGUUAAGCAUGGAAGGGACAACGACCAGUGGAUGUGAAAAAUUAGUGUAGUUUUGUAAUUUUUAGCUGGGAUUAUUCUUGUGUGAUUGCUAAGAAACUCCAGGGGUAGCAUUUCGGGACAAGUUGCUAUCUGAGUAAAAUGGGCAAUCAUCAUUAUCCUACAAUGCUUUAAAGUUUUGAAUGUGCCUAAGUGCUGAUCUUUAUCGUAACUGGAAUAUAUAGCUAAAACUAGGCGAGUUGAAUAUAAUGCUUUUCAUGUGC